AUGUGUUUCGCGCUCAAGGCGUCUUCCCCGGCUCCGUCGUUGAGCCACCCCAUGCGUCGCGGCACGGUGGCCGCGGUGGCGGUGCCUGCGCCGGGCAGGCCCGUAGUCAGAACAAUCGCCGCGGCGGCGGUGAUGUCGCUGGAACCGGCGGUGACUGUGCCCGCGCCCGCGCUUGCUGCCAGGCCCGCGGCCGGCAAGCGCGGCCUGUCGGUGGCAGAGGCCAUGUCUGGUGUCAGGGCGAAUGGCAAGACAGCGUUCAUCCCGUACAUCACCGCCGGCGACCCCGACCUGGCGACCACGGCGGAGGCGCUCAGGCUCCUCGACAGCCUCGGCGCCAACGUCAUCGAGCUCGGCUUGCCCUGCUCUAACCCCUCCGCCGACGGGCCGGUGAUCCAGGCAUCAGCUGCGCGUGCGUUGGCGGCCGGCGCGACCACGGACGCCGUGCUGUCGAUGCUGAAGGAGGUGACGCCGGAGCUCUCCUGCCCCGUGGUCAUCUUCUCUUACUUCAACCCUAUCGUGCGCCGUGGGACGGGGAGUUUCGCCGCGGCUGCCAAAGAAGCCGGUGUGAAAGGCAUUAUCAUACCCGACCUUCCAUACGACGAGAUGCAUGCUUUCAGGAAAGAAGCCAUCAAGAACAAACUAGAGCUGAUCCUCCUUACAACACCAGCUACGCCAUCAGAGAGGAUGAAAGAAAUCACAAGAGCUUCGGAAGGGUUUGUUUACCUUGUAAGUGUCGUUGGUGUUACAGGAGCCAGGGCGACCAUAAAUCCAUGUGUGAAGAAUCUUCUUCAGGAGAUUAGGCAGGUCACAGACAAGGCAGUGGCGGUCGGCUUUGGCAUAUCGACAUCGGAACAUGUUAACCAGAUUGCCGAGUGGGGUGCAGAUGGAGUGAUCAUUGGAAGUGCAAUGGUGAAACAGUUGGGUGAAGCAAAUUCUCCAAGAGAAGGACUAAAGAGGCUCGAUGUAUAUGCCAGAAGUUUGAAGAAUGCACUCCCAUGAUAUGCAAUUAAAAUAGUUAAUUAUUUAGCGUGGCGAGCCAUCAUGAUGGUCAAAAUUUAAACCGGUAGAAGGUAGAAGGUAUUUGUCAAUUUUGUGUGGCAAAAAGAGACUAGUGUUUACUUUUAUAGUUAGUGUUUGCAUUUUCUUUUGUUUCUUUGUUGUGUUUAAUCAGGAGUGUUAUUAUCGAGGGAAUAAAAUAAUUACAAUGCGAUGUUUUGGUGGGCUUGCUACCCUUGAAACAUACCUGGCCAAACAGGCCGGCCCGGCCGUAAAUGGCACGGCAUGGCCCGUCCAGGCACGAAUAUUAGCUGGGCAGUGCCGUGCCAGCCCAU